ACUCACUCAAUUUGAAAUCUACUAACCCAAAUAGCUGUUUUUCAACCUAAUUCGCGUCCUCAUCCUCCAUCUCUCCGAGUUCACUCGCAGGGCUUUCUGUCUCUUGGCUUCGGAGUUUUAAUUUUAGUGAGUUGAUAUGUACAAUGGAAUAGGAUUACAGACCCCAAGAGGGUCUGGUACAAAUGGGUACAUUCAGAGUAACAAGUUCUUUGUAAAGCCCAAGAUUUCAAAGGUUUCGGAAAACACAAAGGGAUUUGAGUCAGAUCAGGGCACUGCUGGGCUUUCCAGGAAGCCCAACAAAGAGAUCCUUGAGCAUGAUCGCAAGCGUCAGAUCGAGCUUAAGCUUGUCAUCCUUGAAGACAAGCUCAUCGAUCAGGGCUACACCGAUGCUGAGAUUGCUGAGAAACUCGAAGAAACUCGCCAAAAUUUGGAAGCUGCUGCUGCCACUGAUGAGCUUGCAUCUGUAUCUGCAUCAGAUAAGAAGGUUUCAGAUACACAGACUCAUCAAAUUGCUGCUAGAAAGGAAAAACAGAUGGAAUCUUUAAAAGCUGCUCUUGGCAUUGUAUCAUCUGAAUUCAAUGAAAAUGCAGAUGGGACUGAUGGCCAUGGGAAUGAUGGGAAAAAUGGUUCUAACAUGGAUGGGAAACAUAAUUCAAAGCCAGAACAUGCCUUUUUGGACAGAGAUUUCAGUAGGAAGAAACAAAUGGUUGAAGGUCAAAACGAUGAAAAUGUUAAGAAGAGCCUUAGAGAUACAAGGCACCAUAAGAAGAUUGGAACUCGUGAGAAAAAGUCCGAGGAUGAUUCUUCUGAUUCUUCUGACUCUUCUGAAUCUUCUGAUUCAGAAACCUCUUCUCCAAAUGAGAAGAGAAGUACAAAGAAGCGUGGUAAAAAUUAUGCAAGCAGCAGUGAUGAAUCUGAUUCUGAUAGUGAUCCUAAGAGGAAGGUCAAGGCCAAAAAGAAGAUGAAAAUUCCUAAGCACAGCAAGAAGGGUAGGGUGGAGGAUAGCAAUUCUGAUGACAGCAAUAUUGCAAGAAAAAGUUACAAGAGACUAGAGUCUCAUAAGAAGCACACUUCAGAGUACGAUUCUGAUCAUCAUGAUGACGUCCCCAAGCAUAAGACUAAGGAUGGGAUUAAACAUUCAAAAAUGAGCAGACGUCAUGAUUCUGAGGAGGAAUCUGAUAUUGAUAGUGAGGAAAAGAAAUAUGGUAGACCUGGGAAGCAGAGGACAAGAAGGCAUAAUUCUGAGGAUGAGGAUUCUGAUAGAGACCGUGUUAAGCAUCCUUCGGGUCAUGACAAAAAUGUUAAAAGGGGAACAUACACUUCCUCUGAGAAUAGCAGUGACAGUGAUUCAGAAAGAAAUUAUAGUGAUCAUAGAUAUGGAAAAAAGGGUAGUUCUGCUGUAGCAAAGAAAGGUAAAGGGUAUGACAUGAAAGAAAGUAAAUCCAGAGAUAGUGGUGCAGAAAAAGGGAAGAACGGUGCUAACACUGAUGCAUUGGACUCCCUGAAAAGGUCAUAUGGGAAAGAUUUUACCCAGGGACCGAAUAGUAGAACUCAAGAAAUGAUACACAGUAACAGGAAAACUCGUACAGAACGAGAUAGGGAGCCCUUCCCAUUUGCCAAGCAUGAUGGAGAUGAUAGAAAAACUGAGACUGAAUCUAAAUCAGUUAGGCUGGCAGGGCGUGAUGAUGAUACCUCUGAGCAGAGAGGCAGAGAUUAUUAUAACAAGGAUGUUGAAUCACAUUUUGUUGGUCAGGCUGCCCGCUAUGGUGAGGAUCAUUUAGCAAGGAGGCAUAGAAGAGAUGAUGAUAAUCACAUGGGUAAUGAUGACGGUGGGGAAAGAAAACGUGGAAGGGAUGAAGAUCGCAGAGAAAGAAAUCACUUGAAGGAUGAGGGUGUUGGAGAAAGAAAGCAUGCUAGGGAUGAAGAUGAUUCCAAAGAAGAGAAGCACGGAAGGCAUGAGGAUGGUCGGGGAGUUAACCGAACAGGAAGAAAGCACUCAAGAUAUGAGGAUGAUCUUGGAGAAAGAAAACAGGCAAGGGAUGAUGAUGAUUCUAAAGAAGGGAACCGUAGAAGAGAUGAGGAUGACCAAGGAGAGAGGAAGAACUUGAGGGAUGUAGUUGACCGUGUUGAGAGGAAGCGUGGUAGGGAUGAAGAUUAUCAAACAGGAAGAAAUUACACAAGGGAUGAGGAUGAACAUAGAGAAAGAAAGUUCAGAAGGGAUGAGGAUUAUCAUGCAGCAAGAAAGUUCAGAAGGGAGGAUGAUAAUGAUUAUGGAGAAAGGAAGCACUUAAGGGAUGAGAGUGAUGUUCAUAUGGAAGCAAAACACAAUAGGGUUGAGGAUGGUCGUGGAGAACGUAGGAACUCAAGGGAGGAUGAUGAUAUAGAGAGAAGGCACUCAAAGGAUGAAGAUGGUCGUAGUGAAAGAAAGCACAGAAGGGAUGAUGAUGACGAUGGUCGUAGUGAAAGAAAGCACAGAAGGGAUGAUGAUGAUGGUCAUGAAGAAAGAAAGCGGCGAAGGGAUGAUGAUGGCAGAGGAGAAAGAAAGCACAGGAGAGAGGGAUGAUGAUGGCAGAGGAGAAAGAAAGCACAGGAGAGAGGAGGAGGACCGCAUAAGGGAUGAGAGGGAAAGCCGAGGAGAUUAUUCCAGAAGAGCCAAAUACUAAGUUUUUCUUUCUAGUGGAGCAAUGGAAGACUUCUGAACUGUGAUCCAAGCAUUGGGAAUACUUAUUUUCUGCUUUAAUUGCCCGUGUGUUGGUUUUGCUUUUUGAACGAUAUAACUUGUGUUUGAAAUACUUUUCUUAUGUGCUUAUUUCAAAUCCUGUAUUCUGCUGU